ACAGUUUCACGCGCAUUGUCUUACGAUUCACACGUGUAACUGCACGCUUUACGACCCGGUUCCGCAGACAUUCCACGGUUACACAGUUACAGUUAGAUCGAUGAGUGUCACAGUACGAUAGCACCGCGGCUUGUGACUCACAUCUGUGAUUGAUUUUCCGCGAAUUUCCCUCGAAGUUUGUGAGGAAAGUUGCUACUUCUCAGUUCAUGUAUGUUGACAUAUUUGAAAAGCUGAGAUUCUGUACUAAAAGAGCCUCUUGUUCAUCUUUGUCUGGUGGUAAAUUAGUUCAGUGAUAACAUAGAAUGAAAAUGCUUGAGGGAUAUUUCUCCUGCUCUCAGGAGUCAGUAACUCCUUAGUAAUGUUCUCUGCUAUUACUUAUGAACUAUCAUCAAAAUUUUUGGAAGAACAUAAGUGCACACGAUUGCUGGGCUCCGCGAUGUCGAAGAAGCCGGCGGCGCAGCCCACGCUGCACAAGGUGAUCAUGGUGGGCUCGGGUGGCGUGGGCAAGUCGGCGCUUACGCUGCAGUUCAUGUACGAUGAGUUCGUAGAGGACUACGAGCCGACUAAAGCUGAUAGCUACAGGAAAAAGGUCGUACUAGACGGCGAGGAGGUGCAGAUAGACAUCCUCGAUACAGCGGGACAAGAGGACUACGCCGCCAUACGGGACAAUUAUUUCCGUUCCGGGGAGGGUUUCCUCUGUGUCUUCUCGAUCACUGAACCGGAGAGCUUCGACGCCACGCAGGAGUUCAGGGAGCAGAUCCUGCGGGUGAAGAACGACGAGAACAUCCCGUUCCUGCUGGUGGGCAACAAGUCGGACCUGGGCGACAAGCGGCGCGUGCCGCUGGACGCGUGCCGCGAGCGCGCGCAGCUGUGGCAGGUGCCCUACGUCGAGACCUCCGCCAAGACGCGCGACAACGUCGACAAGGUGUUCUUUGACCUGAUGCGCGAGAUCCGCUCGCGCAAGUCGGACGACAGUCGCGCGACCAACGGUGACGUCAAGCGGACGAAGCGCAGGAAAAUCAAAUGCAACAUUUUGUAGGGCGGCGCCCGAGCGGAGUCUCGGGGCUGCGCCCCCCGCGCGCCCUGACGGUGUGCUCUGCGGCGACCGCGCCUGGUGCUGGAGGGUCGCGUCGGGUGAGGUUCAUGAUGCCUCUCGGAGCCGUGCCGGGACCGUUAUGAACGGAAUCCGAUACAAUAUUUGUUAUAACAUCGCGCUUGCAUGUUACUUUACGGUGAUGUCGUUCUAUAUCGGAAUAGACUUCGAUUUUUUAUUCACACGGUACACCAGACUAUAAAGAGUCCAUUUUGUAUUUUAACAAUAGAUAUAUUCACAGUUCUGAAAGAUCUCGCCGCAAUGUAAUGGCCUUAAAAUGAUUCGAAUUAUUAAUCUCAAUUUACAUGUAAUUUUCUACUUUGUAUGAAAGUAGUGUUAUGUUGUGGUCGCCAGAGUGUCCUGGGGACGGUACUCGUUCGUUUUAAGCCCACAGAAGAUGUUUCGAUUCAAUUAUACUUAACGUUUAAGUGCUAUACUUGUUUUGUAAAGCUGUCACGUAUUGAAGUUUAGUGUUUAAAGAAACGAAAGAGUUAUAAUAUAUUUAUCUAAAAGGAUUUGUAGAAAAAAAAAACUAACUUAAUUUACCUAUAUAGUUUUCGUACCAGAAAAAUAUGCCAAAAAGUUUUAAACCUUUUCUCAAUGAAUAUACGAACCCAACGAAAUCACCAAUAAAUCAUAUUAUUUCUUUAAACACUAAAUAGCUUAUGCACUGCUCACGGAUUGAUGGUUUAUUAUAAUUUAUUGCUUCAUAUAUUUAGAAUUUUGGCUUCAUUACACGAACACCGCGUGUUCGUACGCAGAGUGCGGGCUCGUGCGGGCGACAGUGCCAACAUAGCUUCUAGCAUUGCUUCUAGCAUUGGUAUCCGUUAAAAAUAUUGUUUUAUUGUGUAGUGGAGCCAUGAUAUUAUUAUUUCCUUUGAUUAUGUUCUUGCAUUUGUGGUAUCCUUUAAUCGUCGCUUACUUAUAUAAUAGAUGUAAAUGUUGUAUGUGUGUGCGUGCGCCCGACGUGCCGGCCAUUUUGAAUAUUUCGAGCUGCGAUCGCUCGCACAAUCGUCAGUGCGGUUGAGUGAUAGUUUUGUAUUACGACUCUUUAUAUAAUAAAUAUUUAGUUUAAAUUUAAUUUUAAAAAUUUUGUGUUCCAAAUUAUGAACUGAAAUACUUUAGCGAUAUCAUUUUAUCGUUAGUAAUUAAAUGUAAAUGUGAAUGAAAUAAAAACUUUCGCUGGAUUUACAUUAGGAUGAAGUACUCGUAGUUAUUUUUAAGAUUAAAACAAGAUUAUUAUUUAUUGUAUUUAUAAAAUGACGGGACACAAAAUUAAUUUUAUUUUCUAUUAGAAAUUUUGUACGUGAAUUGUACGCAUUUUGUCUGAUAUUUGGCUUAAUUAAAAUUACACAAAUUAAUUGUUUAAUCUUGUCUGUCUAUAAUAUAUAUGUAUAUAUAUUCAUAUAAAACAUACCCCUCAUAUAAUAAUUGUGUAUAAAUAAAAUAUUCAUCCGAAGGUCCAGUCUGUGAAGGCUGAAACUGCCAAAACAUACUCUAAUGUAAUUGAAUAAAGUUUAUUCUCCUUCAACCGAACGCGUAUCGAACAUUUAUUCAUGAAUCACAUAAUAUGUAUUCCUCACUUAGACAGAUGUAAAGACAAUUGUUAGGCGUGCGUUUGAUGGUUUUGUAUAUUGUAUAGUACAUGGCUGAGUUUACACUUGUGGUCCUAUUCUUUGAUAGACUUGUAUAUUUUAACCAAGGCUUUUAAAUUAUAGAGAUCCUAUAUGGUUAUUUCUAAACUAAAACCGAUACAGUUCAGGCUUAGCUAUAGUUGAUCUAGAAUUGCAAUAUUUCAUCGGUUCUAUGUACAGUAAUAUGAACCUUAAGUUGUUAUAAUAAAGUUCAAAUAACGAUAAACAGUAUAUGAUUUAUUUGGUAUUUGUUCUAAUCAACGAGUGUAAACGAAGCUAUUUCUCAAAAUAAAGACUCGACGGUGUUAAAUAGAUUCCUAAAGAUACUUAAAGAAUUCGUCGCUAGAUGUCCUAUAGGUUACUUAGAUGUAUGGUAUACCAAAAUGUAUGUAUGCGAUGUAUAUCAGACUCCCACAGAUAAUUUAUAAUGAAAAGACAAGCAAAAAUUAUACUGAUUUGCAAGA